CUGACUCCUGACAAGUACCUCGCACGAACGCGCCUGUACCACUGUCGCUUGCGGCACCUGGGAGCGAUGUCCUCCAGCGAAUCUGAUUCUGUACGGAGCGCCGACGACUAUCGCACGCGAUCCUCAUCACCAGAAAAUGAGGUCCUUUUCGAAGGACGUGGCAAGCCAGCUCGCACGACUGCGCGGCCGCCGCAGCAGCCAACACUGACAGACAAUGAUUCUCUCCCUAGACCUGCAGUCGCGACCGGGAUCUUCACCGCGUCAGCAGCCUCGAGCUCCGCUUCCAGUCAACCACCGGCUCAGCACAGCAUUUUCCUCUUCUCGCCAGAAGCCACACCUUUCUCCCCACAGCAUGGCAGCCUAAGCAGCAACGACAAAUGUGCUUCUGCGCAGUCCUCGCGACUACCUUCGGAGCACCAAGUGCACCCACGUCCAACUGUCUCAACGGAGCAAAGCUCUGGAGACGACGCAGAGCUACUAGCCCUUUUCCGUGCUCAGCUUCAGCGCCGUGAUGCCAGAGCCCCGCCAUCAAAUGAGCAUUUCAAAUAUGAAACAUCCGCUGCAUCAUCGCAGAGUGGAACUCAAGUCGAUGAGGAUGACCAGCAGUUGCCCAGAAAACAACCUCGUUACAUUCUCCUCAAAGAGCAGGAAUUGAAACAGCAACAAUUUACCGAUCCGUCCCCGACCUACACCUGGGCUCGCGUCUCACCAUUCGACAGACAAGUACUUCCGCUGGAUGCGCCGUGGGAACCCGAUCCCACUCGUCCGCCGAAAUCAAGCUCGAAAACGAGCUGGUCAACUCCAGCGAAAUCUACUCUUUCCACAAAUUCGAGACCCAGUACAUCAUCCAGCUCAAAGCAUGCGAACCAACAGGCACUCGACUCAGAAGAGAAGGAAGAAGACGAGGAACCUUUGACAUGGGAAACGCUUCCUCGGACAGAAGAUCUCCCAAUUCAUAUGCCGUUUGGGAAGAAGAUGCUGGAGAAGAAUGGAUGGAAAGAAGGAGAAGGGCUGGGAAAGAGAGGAGAGGGAAGAAGCAAGGUAUUGGAUUUGAGGUUGAGUGGGCAGGCGAGGGGCCAUGGAGAGAGGGGUGGAGUGGGGAGUUGAGUGCAAGUCAUGAAGUCGAGUGCUUGUGACACUGGGCGAGAGCGAGGGUGGACCGCACGAGUUCAGGAAGUGGAAGGGUGUGUGUCGAAGAGGAACAUUAAGGGCGAAUUUAGUUCAAAGCUGCAAAUCGAUUGCGCGGAGGUAGAAAUACUUAAGCGGGAAGGUCGGUAGCGAAUGGAAUGAACACGGUAGAGAACAUAAAAAUCUGAAUCUGCAAAAGCAACCUCGUUAUGAUGACAG